UGAUAAGAUUCCGUUUUCGGCCCCAAGGUUAAGAGACGAACGAGUGUGCGGUCAAUGAAGCUGCAGAAUAAAGUGAAGAAACUGUGUUGGUAAUCACUGACUCAUUCCCAACUAAAAAAAAAAUAAAAACUCAUAAGGCUCGACAGUAUAUCACUUUUUUCAUAUAUAUAUAUAUAUAUAUAUAUAUAUAUUUACAGUGUGGGUCUGUUAGUGGUUCAUGUGAUUAUUAAAACUUGUGGAACUUUGUACAUACUUUUAUAAGCUCGUUCACUUUUCUCCCCGGAUAAGCUCCAAAUUCCGAAGAAAACUUUGGAUUUAUACAUUCCAAGAAAAACAAAGAAUAAAUAAUCGUUUUGAAAUAAAAGGCUAGAAACUGUUACAUUUAUGAAGGAUUUGAAUAGUUUAAAAAGUAUCAGCUACCUCUGAAAUAUGUUUUGUCGGCAUAAUAAUAAUUAUUAUUUUUAAAAUUAUUUUAUCUGGCUUGUGGUACUCAUGUAUUUUCUGGUUUCCUUCUCAAUCUUCAUAUCUGUUUUUGUUUUCAUGUUCAUUAUGUAAUUUGUACCCGAAUGCCAUUCUCUAUUACGUCAUGAGGAGAGACUGUCACGUGACCAAUGCGGAAGUGUCAGGUACGUUUUUUCGACGCGGAAGCGAAAGACGUUUACCGAUUGUAAAAGUGUCUUAAAUUGAGGGGGGGGGGGGAAUAAAAAAUAGCAAGAAUAUCGGGACAAAGGACACACUGGGUGAUUAAGUUUCUUCGAAAGACACAACCAUAAUGGCCGGUGGUAAUUUGAAUAAAGCCAUCGAUCUCGCCAAAAGAGCAGCCGACGAGGACUCAGCCAAAAACUAUGAAGAGGCACUCCGGCUAUAUCAGAGUGCCGUGGAGUACUUUCUUCACGUCAUCAAGUAUGAGACCAAAGGCGAGCGCUCCAACGGGAUGAUCCGAGGCAAGUGCGCCGACUACCUGGACCGAGCCGAGCAGCUGAAGGAGUACCUGAAGAAGAAGGAGGAGCACGAGCCACCCGCCAAACCUGUCAAGGAGUCGAAUGGCAAAGGCAGUGAAAGUGACGAAGGGGAAGAGUCAGAGAAGAAGAAGUUCCAAAAUCAGUUGUCAGGCGCCAUCGUGAUGGAGAAGCCAAACAUUAAGUGGAGCGACGUCGCCGGCUUGGAAGGAGCCAAAGAAGCCCUAAAGGAGGCUGUCAUCUUGCCUAUCAAGUUCCCUCAUCUCUUCACUGGAAAGAGAACGCCAUGGCGUGGGAUUCUCCUGUUUGGCCCGCCGGGAACCGGAAAGUCCUACCUGGCCAAGGCGGUCGCCACGGAGGCCGGCAACUCCACCUUCUUCUCAAUCUCCUCCUCGGACCUGGUAUCCAAGUGGCUGGGCGAGAGUGAAAAGUUGGUGAAGAACCUAUUCUCGCUGGCCAGAGAACACAAACCCUCCAUCAUCUUCAUCGACGAGAUCGACUCGCUCUGUGGCUCCCGCAGCGAGAACGAGAGCGAAGCGGCGCGCAGGAUCAAGACCGAGUUCCUGGUCCAGAUGCAGGGUGUCGGGAAUGAUAAUGAGGGAAUCCUUGUCCUGGGAGCAACAAAUAUACCGUGGACUUUGGACUCAGCCAUCAGGAGAAGGUUUGAAAAGCGCAUCUACAUCCCCCUGCCGGAACAGCCGGCCCGCUCCUUCAUGUUCAAGCUGCACUUGGGCUCCACGGCCAACGAGCUGACGGAGGCCGACUUCGUCACGCUGGGGAAAAAGACGGAGGGCUACUCGGGGGCCGACAUCAGCAUCAUCGUCAGGGACGCCCUCAUGCAGCCCGUCAGGAAGGUGCAGUCGGCCACCCACUUCAAAAAGGUUCGCGGCUCGUCAUGGAACAAGCCAGACGUCAUCUUGGACGACCUGCUCACGCCGUGCUCUCCGGGCGACCCCGGCGCUGUGGCCAUAACGUGGAUGGACGUCCCCGGGGAAAAGCUUCUCGAGCCCGUUGUCUCCAUGGGCGACAUGCUGCGGUCGCUGUCCAACACCAAGCCCACCGUCAACGAGGACGACCUGCACAAGCUGACCAAGUUUACAGAGGAUUUUGGUCAAGAGGGGUGAAAACUCAUCAAUGUCAACCAAUCGACAGGUCAAACACACGUUAUAUGAAGAUCUUAUUAUACUGCAAUCACUGAUCAUGUUUACAUUGAUGCGCUUUAUCGUUCAUAUUUAUUUCCCAUCUUGUUUUUAUUGUGGCGUUCAGUUUUCCAGUUUUCCAAGAACCCAGAAUAUGAUACCUUGAUUAUUACAAAUUUUUAAUUGCUUCUGUAACAAUUAUUUAAUGAAAAUGUGCCUUGACUGCGGGAACAUAGGGAGUUCAUGUUUUGAUGACAGAUUUUUUUCUUUUUUGUGUGUGUGUUUGCAAUGACUUAUGAUGCAAACAAUUGGGGGUACUGUGCCAAAAUGAUUUUCCAAUAUUUAAAAACGUACCCAAAUAUUCUCUAGUUUUGCACUUUUGUUAUAUCCUAGAAAUGUGUUCUGAGAACAAAAGUCUGAAAUAAAUAUAGUCAAUUCAUUAUACUGUGAA